GUUCGCCUUGCCUGCCUGUCACCUGCUGUCACUGAAUGAAUGUGUAGGCUAGCAGGCUAGUGGCUUUGGCAAUGUUGUCACUCUCAGAAUGAUAUCGCAGCGGGAAAGAGGAGAACUUGCUCGGUUUUACACUGUCACGGAACCUAAAAAGCACCAGAAAGGAUAUACUGUGUACAAAGUCACCGCAAGGAUAAUCUCCAGGAAGAACCCAGAGGAUGUGCAAGAGAUAACAGUAUGGAAGCGGUAUAGUGAUUUCCGGAAGCUUCAUCAAAACCUCUGGCAGCUGCACAAAAACCUUUGCAGUCAGUCAGAGCUUUUUCCUCCCUUUGCCAAGGCCAAAGUCUUUGGCCGUUUUGAUGACUCGGUGAUUGAGGAGAGGAGACAAUGCUCUGAAGAUCUGCUGCAAUUUUCUGCUAACAUCCCUGCUCUGUACAGUAGCCAGCACAUCCAAGACUUCUUCAAGGGAGGUGAGGUGCACGACGGCUCAGAGCUCAUUGGACCAGCUGAGCCUUUUUCUGACUUCCUGGCUGACAGCCUGUCGGACUGCAGCUCUGAAGUUCAAAGAGACAUCAGUGGGGCAGAUGAUUUGACUAUCACAUCAGAGUAUGGAGGCCCGUCCAGUGACAGUGACCUGACCUCCCUGGCUGUGGACACAGACUCUUUGGCUGAGCUGGACGAUGGCAUGGCCUCAGGCCGUGCCUCCCCAAACCAGCCACAAGGGGGAGCCACCAACAUUAGCAGCAGCUGCAGCCCACUCCUGCCUUCCCUGCACGAACACUGCAGCCCGUCCCCCACCCCGGCCCCUGGCUCCUCAGCCCCUAACCCCGAGGUCAGCCGGCCCGGUCGAACCACACUCUUCUCCGGCAGUCUAAAGAAAGCCGGCGGUGCCAACCUCAAGGACGUGAAGCCAGAUUACCUGGACAGGGCCAGUGAGCACAUCUGUUUGGCUGUACAGAAGGAGAAAGAGCAGGAUUACCAGUCUGCUUUCUCCUAUUACCGCAGUGGAGUGGACCUGCUGCUGCAGGGGGUGCAGGGUGAGUUUGAAGAAGUCACGGGAGAGCCCAGCCCCACACGGCGAGAGGCAGUGAAGAAGAAGACUGCUGAGUAUCUGAUGCGUGCAGAGCAGAUAUCCAGCCAGCACCUGAGAAGCAGCAUGGGUCAGGGCUCGACACAGACAGUGGCAAUGGGGGCGCAGUGCUGCCCUCCCACCAGCAGAGGGGGCCAGCAGAGUCCAUCUGAUGAGCUGAGAGCCUACAGGGUGCUGGGGGUCAUAGAUAAGGUUCUUCUGGUCAUGGACAAGAGAACACAAGAGACCUUCAUCCUGAAAGGUCUGAGGAAGAGCAGUGAGUGUGGGAGGACCAAGAGGACCAUCAUGCCUAACUCGGUGCCCAACAUGGUGCAGCUGAAGAAGUUCAUCGUCUCAGAGGACACAGUCUUCCUUUUACUGCAGUAUGCUGAGGGUGGGAAGCUGUGGUCUCACAUUGGGAAAUUCCUGCAUAAUUCCAGCCCAGAGGAGAGCUUUGACAUCCCUUUUAUCCAGAAGAGCCACACAGCAGCCAUCCGCUCCCUGCAACAUGCCACAUCCCAGCUGGGUUUGGGAUCAGCCAGCUCUGGGUCUGGGCCUGGUGCUGGGUCUGAUUCUGGCUCUGGGCCACAGAGGGAAUGGGAGAACCUUAUCGUUUGUCCUCAGAAAAGCUGUCUCCCCCCUGGGCUCAAAGAGAGCCUGGGGGCCCGGUCAGACUCUGGAGCCACCUCUGAGGAAGAGUGCACCAAUAGUUACUUGACACUUUGCAAUGAGUAUGAACAAGAAAAAGUAGAACCAGAUGUACUAGAGGAGGAAGAGAAGAGCGGGCAGGAGGCGCUGUCGCUUAAUGUACCUGACACAGCGACGGCAACUUCUUCACGCACCCGCUCUUUGCUUAGUAAUGACAGCCUCUCUUCACCCGUCAGCUCUCAGGAACUUCGCUUCUUCACUGAGUCCUCUGACAAUAACGGCCGUACCCAGGACUGUGAGCGCUACCGUGGUGAGGGACAGGACCACAGCGAAGUCUUUAGUCCUUUACCUUCCCCUGCCGUGCCCCUGUCUUUGGACGAGUCCAAGCACACGCCAAUGGAGUUUUUCCGCAUUGACAGCAAGGACAGCGCCAGUGAGGUUACCUGCCUUGAUUCCGGAGAGCUGCGGCCCUCUCAUAAGCCACUCUCUAUCUUCUCUACUUCUGACCUAGGCUCUGAGGUCACUGAGGACCUGCCAGAGCUGGCGCAUGAGGUCAAGGGUCACAUCUCAGAGCUGUGGGGGCUCGACUGUAGCGAUAAGGGCUCCACUGAGUCCGUGCCAGUCAUUUCAUUUAAAGAAGCGGUGGUAGAGGAUGAAGGCCACCCACCAGACCUGUUGGUCAACCUGCCUGUGAUGAGUGGGACUACAGCUGUUUUACAGGAGGAACUGGAGACCUCGGGGGUGUGUUUGGGCCUGGAGGCCACACCCUCUCCCCAGAAGUUCACCCAGCCGGAUGUUUUACAGCUUCACAGUCAGCCUGAGGAAGAUGAGGAGGAAGAGCCACUGGAGCAGGACCAGCCAUCUUUGUGUACACUCUCUGCAACUUGUGAGAUCAGCCUUGCCUCCUCCUCACCAUGCACCUCACUGUGGGACGACUACAGUCUGGCGUUUGGACAGGAGGCCACUGACAAAGUGGUUGAUCCUGCUCUCCAAAAUAAUGACCUCCUCUUUGGUGAAGUAUCAACACCUCCUCCAUCAAACACAGAUAUUCCUAUUACUGACUCACUAACUGAGAAACUGGAGCCAAGUGUAAACGUAGCCUUGGUUCCAGACCCAACUGACUUUAGUGUAGACUCAGCCACAAAAGCGGCUGAGGCCUGUGCAGUGGUUGAGACUUUAGUAGGCCUUGAUACAGAUUCAUCAAAAGAUAUUAGCAAUACAGGUGGCAAUGAAUAUGAUAAAGAAGUGUCACAGCUGUUUGCAGAGCUGGAUGAGCUGUCAUUGGCUGCAUCCCAAGCUCGUAUCCCCGAGGACUUUGUGCGAUGCUGGGCUGUGGAGAUGGUGAUAGCCCUGGACACUCUGCACCAGGAGGGCAUCAUCUGCCGAGACCUAAACCCCAACAACAUCCUGCUCAACCACCAAGGUCAUGUGCAGCUUACUUACUUCUGCAGCUGGAGUGAAGUGGAAGAAUCCUGUGACAAGGAAGCCAUUGCAAAUAUGUACUGUGCACCAGAGGUGGGAGGGAUUAGUGAGGAGACGGCAGCAUGCGACUGGUGGAGUUUGGGUGCCAUCCUGUUUGAGCUGCUUACAGGCAAGUCUCUGCUCCAGUGCCAUCCAGCAGGUAUCGGCCGCCACACGGCUCUCAACAUCCCUGAAUCUGUAUCAGAGGAGGCCAGGUCUCUACUGGAGCAGCUCCUCCAGUACAACCCAGUGGAGAGACUGGGUGCAGGGGUGGCCGGGGUGGAGGACAUCAAAUCCCACCCGUUCUUCGCCACAGUGGGCUGGCCCAAGUAGACGCCGUGCAUCGUACAACUGUGGGGAGCAAAGUUGCAUGCUGGGAAACGGGACUGUCCCCAAAUGAACUCUCAAAUCGGACACUAACGCCCCUGCACACACAGAUUAUGCAUCGCUGCACACAUCUCCCUCGGCGUUUAGAGCCCUUAAAGUGAUGAUGUACUUUUUUGUGUCAUUUGUCGUGGAAUUUGCCAAAGCAGCAGCAGUAUUACCUUCCUUGCACACCGGCUUCUUUGUUUAUCACUUAGAGGGUUUACUAUUUCAAUUUUUCAGUGCAGGGAAGACUUGACAACAUUUGUGGUGCAAUAAUUUCCACUUGCCUGUAUUGAAUGGCGAUCCACUACAACAUUGUUGCAUUUUCACUGCUCAUACACAGUCCAGUAGCUGUAAGCCAAAACGACAGCUGAGAGUGAUGGCGAUUUCUCAGACAUUUCUCAGUCUCAGUUUAUUUUUGUUCAUUAUCAAAGGGAUGCUUCACCCAUAAUGCACUAUUUUUGUAUCAAGUACACACUGUGUGCUGCCCUCAGUCCCCAACGAAGAAAGCUUUAUUCGCAUUCUUUCAUGGUAAACUCAUAAACCAAAAAUGCCAGCCAUUGCUGAUCCAAAGGAAAAAAGGCAUGUCCAUAAUUUUAUGAUUUUACAGCAGCAAAACACCAUCAAAAGUUGUGUUUAAAAAGCACACACUCGUCAUGCUGUAUAAUCCAAGUCUCUGGUAUCUGCUCGUAUGCUUAAUACUUCCCAAACACACGUAUUCUCACUCAUAUCUGCCUGCAAAGGACACCUACAAAAUCCUUUUUUGUAUGAUCAUAAAGCAUGUGAUGAUGCAUUAUGGGUGAAGUAUCCCUGCUUAAGGCUCACCCUUAAAAGUCACCUCUCUCCAACAGCACAUGUGCAAUAUGCUCUGUCUGGAGCCAUUUGUAACUUGGAUCAUUCCUCACAGGUUGGCUGGUGACUUCGCCAACAAAGCCCCUUGAGAUUAAGUGAAGCGAGAGAGGUUGAAGCUGGGAUCGUGACGCUCUGACCUAAAAACAGAUAGGAGUUCUCACCUUUAUGUUUAUUGUCUCACAACAUUUGAUCAUGCAGUUGUCUUGCCAAUCCCUUUUUUUACUGCUAACCAAUCUUAGUCAUAUUCAGUGACAGCGAUGAAGGGAUGCACUACACGGAGUGAAUGAACAAAAUAUUUGAAGUCAGUGAGUUGAUAUUGUGUGGUUGAAUUAAGAGAAGCUGUUUGAUGGCUUGAGGCCGGGAAUCUUGGGGUUGGUUUCACAGAUGAGGUUUAAGCGCUGUCCUUGGCUUGGCUAGAUCAGGUAACAGCGCAGGACUGAGCUUGGAUCAGAUCUUUGAAACCAGUCCUUUUACAGAUGUUGUUUGAACAGUAGCGGCAUUUUUGUUUUCAUCUGAGGAGACUCCCUGUACUGUACAGCACUGCUAUCCUGUGCAUCUAAGAAGUAUAUAUGAGAUAUGUAAUAUAUUUAACAAGAAACUUACAAAUCAGUCAAGUAAUCAAGUAAUAAAUAAUAGAUGUCUUGUAAGUGGGCCCUUAAAGGACAUUGUGAGUGGAAGUGGAAGCUAUAUGCAGGUCUUAAAGCCUUGAUCAUAUCCAACUUGUCAAUCACUUAACUGCCUCAUCAAUGAAAUGUGUCUGGUAUGUUUUUUUGUUUAUUGCUUGUUUUUUGUUUUGUUUCGUUUUUUGGAGUCACCCAUUAGCUGACAUGACACUCCAGCCACCGUCUAUUUUUAUGUUAUUUAUAAUGAUUGAAUUGUACAGAAAACAUUGCCAGUGUCACUGAUGCCAUAUAUCACCCUCCAUAUAAUCCGGCGAAAGGCUGUUCUUUACAAUGUAUCAGGCUCCUUGAUUCACUGGUGCCAUGUCCAGGGUCCAAAAUUCACUUUUUGGCUCAUCCGCCUAUGAAAAUUUACCAGCCAAAAAUAUUUGUCAGAGGCCACAAAACCGCAUCAUUCAUUAUUUCCAUACUGCUUCAUAUUGGAGCCAGGAUGUUGGGGCUCCUCCUCUCACAAGAAAGCCAACCUCUGUGACUUUCCUCUUCACCUGCACGUUUUCUGUUUGGAGGCUUAAAGACCCCAUGAAAUGAAGAUGUUUCUUGACGUGAUGUGUUUCCCGUUGAAACAGGAUGUUUGGGCGGGACAUCGUGCAGGGAAGGACCAUUCAAGUGGAAACCAACAGGAGAGACCAAACCCUUAGCCAACACGAUGUCAUUGUAGAAGAGAAAGGCAAUUUAAUUUGAAGGGAUAGGCGGAUGAGAGAGGAUGUUUAAAGAUCUGUGAAGAGUUUACUGGUUGAAAUUGCACUUCACAGCCCCUAGUGCAGGAUGACGGUGUCACUAUUAGAUCCUCUGUUUUCCAGGAAGCCAUGGGAGGUCAUUACAUGGGGAUGUAAACACCAGAAAUAUGUCACCACAUCCCUAAUAACAUUUGACACUGAUGUUGUUAUGGCAAAAACAUUGACUGACAUGGUGUAGAAAGCGCUUAACUGUGACGGCAUAUUAGUGACAUUGUAGGGAAAGAAAAAUAAUACAGAGCCAGCUUUGACGUAAUUAGUUGACGUCAUGAUAGGUACGGUGGUCAGUGAGGGUCACAUGAGUCUCUGCUGCACAAACACUGUAAUUCCAAAUUAUUUACUGACCGCCUGGCUGGUUACUCCAAUUUAUUUGGCCACCAGAUCCCAAGAGUAUCUGCCUUUUGUGGGUACAUGUUGUUAAUUUUGGACCCUGCAUGUCAAUAAAUGUCUCUAACCACUGCACAAAUAAUCACUACACUAAACUCCGUGCUAUCUUUUACACUUGGAGGGCUCCGUAGCCCAGUUACUAGUCACACACUCUGUCCUCUGACACACACUUUACACACAAAUCUGACUCAAUUUUAUUUUUAUUUUUGUUUUAUUUUUUAAAAUCUGACUCCUGUUGAAUGCUCAUGUACAAUCUGUGCUCUGUGUCUGGUCUGUCAGUGCACUCUGGAAACAAUAAACACAUACCUGGAUGAUCA